AUAGUUCACUCACUUUCAAAGACAGCUGAAAGCAAGAGAAGGCUCUAAGAGAGCUCCCUUCAGUAUCUUUCUGACUUUCGUGGACUUGGAUUGCCAGAAGACUGAAAGAAAUGAUGGCAGGAGUAAAAAUCCAUCUGGUAUGCAUGAUACUCCUGGCUUUCAGCUCCUGGAGUCUGUGCUCAGAUUCAGAAGAGGAAAUGAAAGCCCUAGAAGCUGACUUAUUGACCAAUAUACGUACAUCAAAGAUCAGUAAAGCAAGUGUUCCCUCUUGGAAAAUGACCCUGCUGAAUGUUUGUAGUCUCAUAAAUAACCUGAAAAGCCAAGCUGAGGAAGCAGGAGAGGAGAAUGAAGAAGAAAUUGUUACAAGAAGAAAACUUCCAAUUGUUUUAGAUGGCUUUAGCUUAGAAGCUAUGCUGACCAUAUAUCAACUCCAAAAAAUCUGCCACAGCAGGGCCUUUCAACAGUGGGAGAUAAUUCAGGAAAAUAUUCUUGAUAAUGGGAAUGACAAAAAUGAGAAGGAAGAAGUCAUAAAGAGAAAAAUCCCUUACAUUCUGAAAAGGCAGCUGUAUGAGAAUAAACCUAGGAGACCUUAUAUACUCAAAAGAGGUUCUUACUACUACUGA